AUGCCCAUCGUCAAGCUCGAAGAUGUCGCUCGUAAAACAUUCAAUUACAUUGUGAUAGGAGGCGGGACCGCCGGAUUAACUGUCGCUGCUCGUCUCUCAGAAGAGCCUUCCAAUAGCGUUCUUUUUUUGAAGACACUCGGUAACCCACAGUACGAUUGGGCCUUCCCAGUACUCGAUCAGAAACACGCUAACAACUCUAAGCACAUAUGGUCAAGAGGAAAGGGUUUAGGUGGAAGCUCUGCGAUGAACUUCUAUGCCUGGAUCAAACCACCGGCGGCAGACAUGGACGCCAUUGAGCAACUUGGUAACCCUGGAUGGAACUGGUCUGAAUUCGAGAAAUAUUCCAAGAGGUCUGAAACCUUCCUUCCUGCUUCAAAGGAACAGAUUGAGGUGUAUCACUAUCCCGACAAUUCUAUCACUGAACAUCGAGGAACAUCUGGCCCCAUUCAAGUUGCCAUUCCUCAUGGAGCACAUACUUUGGAUAAGCUCUUCCAAGAAACAAUGAUCAACAAAGGAUUUAAAGAUGUUAAAGAUCCGUACAGCGGUGAUAUUAAUGGAACAUGGAUAGCAUCGUCGAGCAUCGACCCAAAAACUUGGACUCGAUCUUUUGCCGCGACUGCAUACCUCGUUCCAAACCUUGACAGGGAGAACCUCUCUAUCCUCACCGGCGCCUAUGUUUCUAAAAUCCUAUUCGACGGGGUUAAAUCAAAUGAGAAACUCAAAAGCAGCGGUGUUCAGUUCAUCUAUCAAGGCGAAACACAUGUAGUACAUACAGAUCGAGAAGUGAUAUUGAGCGCUGGAGCAAUCAAAUCACCACACGUUCUAGAGUUGUCUGGAAUUGGAAACCCUAAGAUAUUGGAAAAAGUGGGUAUAAAUGUCAAUAUUGACCUUCCCGGAGUAGGAGAAAAUGUUCAAGAACACUACGGAUGCUCUGUUACCUAUGAGUUAAAUCCUGACGUUUCCCAUGAAACUAUCGAUCGCUUCAGGGAGCCAGGGUAUGCCGAAAAAGCAAAGGAACUUCACACUCUCGGACAAGGAAUCCAUCGCACUGGGCUGACUUCGUUUGCAUAUUUUCCACUCGUGGAUAUCAAUGCUGACGAAGCUGCAACCGUGAUAAAAGGUGCCGAAGAAGAGGUGAAAGAUCUUGUGAAUGGUGGUACUCUGCGACCUGGUGUAGAAGAACAGCUCAAAUUACAGCUAUCUAUUCUUCGGGAUAACAAUGUACCUGAUUUGACCCCUGAACCAAAUACACGAUACGCGACUGUGACUGCAAUUUUAAACCACCCCAUCUCUCGGGGUACUAUCCACACAGAAAGCGUCGAUCCGCUAGCCUACCCGAUCAUUGAUCCACACUACCUUGAGAGCAAUACUGACCUUGAGGUCCUUGUCCAGCACAUUAAAUUUAUCAAAAGUCUAGCCAAUACCGAGCCUUGGAAAUCUGGUAUUAUCCGCGAAGUAUACCCAGGGCCAAACUAUAGUUCUGAUCGGGAUAUACGAGAGUAUGUGAAAGAGCAUGUAUUGACCAUUUGGCAUACAAUUGGUGGCUGCUCUAUGCUUCCGAGAAGCAAGUCGGGUGUGGUUGAUGCUAAUCUUAAGGUCUACGGAACGACAAAUCUUCGCGUUGUAGAUUUAUCAGUCAUUCCCCUUCACAUUGCCGCACAUACGCAAGCAACAGCAUACUUCCUCGGAGAAAAAGCUGCGAGUAUCAUCAAAGGGGAGUGA